AAAAAAAAAAAAAAAUUUCUAGGUUUUCUUUUCUUUACUUUUUAAAGUUUUUCCCCCUUUUUUUUUAUUUUUGUGUAUCGCUUUUUCUCUCUCUAUAUGGAACCCAAUUGGAAUUGAAUUUGCGAUCGAGGAACAUCACCUCAGUGCCAGAGACAGUAGUGACAGCUGUAUCCACCAGCAAACGCGAAAUCCCUUUCAGAUUUCGCUGCUGCCGCAAGAUCCCACUUCCCUAGCCGGUGUUUUCCACCGCUGUUUCUGCAAUCGUAGGGUUUGGGUUUUUGCUUCCUGGUUUUGCGCGUUGCGCUCCUCAGCCAUGGCGGCUUCUUCGGGUUCCAGCUGGCGCGAGGGGAUGUCCGCCGAUAACGUCAAGGGGCUCUGCCUCGCUCUCUCCUCCAGCUUCUUCAUCGGCGCCAGCUUCAUUGUCAAAAAGAAGGGCUUGAAGAAAGCUGGUGCUAGUGGAAUUAGGGCAGGAAAUGGAGGUUAUUCUUACUUGUACGAGCCACUUUGGUGGGUGGGGAUGAUAACAAUGGUGGUUGGUGAGAUUGCCAAUUUCGCAGCAUAUGCAUUUGCCCCAGCUAUAUUGGUCACCCCACUUGGUGCUCUCAGCAUUAUUAUCAGUGCUGCUCUUGCUCAUAUUAUUUUAAGGGAGAGGCUGCAUAUAUUUGGAAUUCUCGGCUGCGUAUUGUGUGUUGUGGGGUCUACAACCAUUGUUCUACAUGCUCCUCAAGAACGGGAAAUUGAGUCAGUAAGAGAUGUAUGGAAUCUUGCUAUGGAUCCAGCAUUUCUCUUCUAUGCAGCGUUGGUCAUAACUGCUGCCUUUAUUCUUAUCUUCCACUUCAUUCCUCAAUAUGGCCAGACACACAUAAUGGUUUAUAUUGGUGUCUGUUCCCUUGUGGGCUCUUUAUCGGUUAUGAGUGUUAAGGCUCUUGGAAUUGCUAUAAAGUUAACUCUGUCGGGGAUGAAUCAACUAAUUUACCCUCAGACUUGGGCAUUCACUCUAGUUGUAGCUGUUUGUGUUCUUACCCAAAUGAAUUAUUUGAAUAAGGCACUGGACACAUUUAAUACAGCAGUGGUAUCUCCCAUAUAUUAUGUUAUGUUCACAACAUUAACCAUUGUGGCUAGCGUCAUCAUGUUUAAGGACUGGGAUGGGCAAAGUCCAACACAAGUUGUCACGGAAAUAUGUGGGUUUGUGACAAUACUUUCAGGAACUUUUCUCCUUCACAAAACUAAGGAUUUGUCUGAUGGUUUACAAUCGUCUUUAUCUAUUAGACUUCCUAAGCACUCAGAAGAGGAUGGGGGCGAGGGCAUCCCUCUGAGACGGCAAGAAUCCAUGAGAUCACCGUGAUACAUUCUUUGUGUAGCGUCGCAUCUUGCACAUCUGACAAGCUUGAGGCGCUGGGGGAGGGACUUUGCCAAGGUCAUUGUGUAUUUUACUGAUUAUUUCCUUCCCCAUCGUAUUAUUUUUUUGUGAUACAGUUGGAGUGGAAGGAUAAGUUUUUCAUGUCAUUGUUUUUGGGGUCCUGGUGAUUAUGGUAUCGGAUCUUGCACUUGCAUUGUAUACUCUUCCCUCCCUACCUCUUCCCUCUACACACGGAAGACAAACGGCCAAUGUAAUUUUCUGCACACUGAUUAUAUAUAGUGUAUCUCUCAGUUAAAAUCA